CGAGAGCACGAUAUCCAUCUGACAUUCAUUUGAUUCUCACCCAGCGUUUUGUCUUUGUUUGCAUCGGCCCUCCAUGGUUCAAUCAGCGGGUAUCAAGGAGUUCAAGGAGGACCCUACUUUCACAACAUGGGGACCUUUUAUCUCGCCAGAAUACGUCCUUGAGCCCAUCACUCUAUCCGAUGUCAUCAUCGCGACUGUUGUGUUCGCAUUGACGAUCUUGAACGUCGGUAUAGCAAUCUACAUAGGCAUCGCACAGUCAAAGAGUGCACGGCGGCCGUUGAGAAGUGUAUACAUAUGGCUCAUCUGGCUGGAGUUACUGGUUUCUUUUCUCAUGGCCUCGGAAUGCUACAUGCAUCUUCUGAAGAUCAUCAGACCUAGUUUUGCAUUCUACUUCACUAUCCUCUUCUGGUGGUGUAUCCAAGUACAAUUGCUGCUCCAGAUUAUCAUCAAUCGUAUCCGGGUCAUUACACCCAAUCGCAAAAAGUCCCUAUGGAUCCUGGUCACCACUGCCGUCGUCGUUACCCUUGUCAAUAUCAGUGUCUUCAACAUCUGGAUCCCCGCUCGGCUGCAGACAAGCUCACGGUACAUCCACAUCAACGAGAUUUGGGACCGAAUCGAGAAAGGCAUAUACCUUGCCAUCGAUGCUUCUCUCAACUGGUACUUCAUUCGCGCUGUGAAGAAGAGUCUUGUCGACAAUGGUCUCCAGAAGUACCACAAGCUGCUCAGAUUCAAUCAACGUAUCAUUAUCAUCUCCCUGCUCAUGGAUGUUAUGAUCAUCGCAGCCAUGAGCAUACCCAACAGUUUCGUUUACAUCCAGUUCCACCCUCUCGCCUACCUCGUCAAACUCAACAUCGAGAUGACCAUGGCCGACCUCAUCAAACGCAUCGCCAUCUCCAGCGACGCCAAGGGCCGCUUCUCCCACGCGCAAGAGUUCGCCGCCGCCGGCACAACAAGCUCCUCCCGCGAUGGUCGCCACCGCUCAAGCUUCCGCGGCACCGAGCUUGACGACAUGGGCAAGGGCGAUGCAAUGUGGACCUGGAAGGAGAACAGGCUGUCGAGCGACUCGUUUGUGCCCGUGGGCACUCAGAUGAAAAAGACGACGGAGAUAACAAUUGUCAGUGAGCCGCGCGUCAACUUUGGCGAGAACGACGAGGAGCGGCCUACGCAUGCGCGACCGAACGGCGUCUUCAACAUGCACCGCCCUAUCGGCAUCAGGACGACGGAUCGGAGCCCGGCUGAGACGCUCUCGCGGCAGGACAGCGUCGGCAGUGAUCGUCAUGUCCGAGUGCCGGGCCGCAACAGGAGCGAUAGUCGGAGUGAUGAGAUCAAGCUUGUGGACUAGAAAUCUUUAUAUUAGACUUGGGAACAUGUAACCAUGUGGGAAUGGCGCAAUGUGGGAAUGCAGUAAUGAGCGUUCAUGA